UAUUUCACACACUUACUAAUUCAAAUCAUUUUCAUUCUACUCAUCUAAAUAUUGACAAAUUAAUAAAAGAAAAUAAAGCACUUAAAAAUGAAAAUAUAGUACUUAAGAAUGAAAAUGAUUUGCUAAAAUCUCAAAUUUUAGCAAUGAAGAAAGAACUAAAUACUUACAAAAAUCCUGAAAUAUGUGAUCUGCAAAAGAAAACAUUUUCAUUUGCAAAGCUUCUGACUAAUAAGGAAAGUUGGCAACAACUACAAGAGUUAAACAAAGAGACAGAACGAUUAGCAGAAGAAAAAAAUAGAAAAAAGAAAUAG